AUGGCAACACUAACUGAAGGAAACGAGCAACAGCAAGAACAAACUUGUAAUUCAUCAAAUCGAUCACCCUAUCAUGUCAAAUUUACUGACAAUAAUCAAAAUUAUCCGCAACGCCAAAAUAGCACAAAUCAAGAUGAUUUAUCAUCAACAUCUCGACAUGGUUCAUUAUCAUCUACUGAAAAAAGUGGACGUUUUGUUGUUGUUAAAUCAUCUGAAGUGUCAGAUACAAAUGAAAAUGACGUAGUUAGUAAUGUAAAUUUAACAAAUGAAAAUGAAAAACUACCAUUACAAACUGGACAAGCAUCUGAAUGUUCCAUUAAAUUAAAUGAAAGUAUUUUUGAAGAACGUGACGAUCGACCACGAACAGUACUGGAUCAACUAUAUAAUUAUAGAGGUGGUAUUGUACCAAAUGCAGCAGAAGCUGAAAAACCAACAGGACCUCAUCAGAAAUCAGCAAAUCUUGGUACAAUAUUUGGUGUUUACCUUCCAUGUGUUCAAAAUAUAUUCGGUGUUAUUGUAUUUAUUCGUCUUUUUUGGUUAAUUGGCAUUGCCGGUGCACUUCAAACACUCUUGAUUGUUCUUAUUUGUAGUUCAUGCACUCUUCUAACAGCUAUUUCAAUGGCAGCUAUUGCUACAAACGGUCUAGUGCCAGCCGGUGGAGCUUAUUUUAUGAUAUCACGUUCCCUUGGACCUGAAUUUGGUGGUGCCGUUGGAAUAUUAUUCUAUCUUGGUAAUACAUUUGCUGCUUCCAUGUAUAUUGUUGGAGCUGUUGAAAUUGUCGUCAAAUAUAUGUGUCCAGAAAAAUGUCGCCUUUUUGGUGAUGAUGUUGAAAAACCAUUAAUAGCCUUUAAUCAUUAUCGUAUAUAUGGUACUAUACUUCUUCUACUAAUUGGAACGUGUGUUUUAAUUGGUAUUCGAUUUGUAACAAGAAUUGCUCCAUUGUCAUUAUUUGCUGUUGUCAUAUCUAUAUUGGCUAUAUAUGCUGGUGUUAUUAAAAGUUCAUUUAGCCCACCGGAUUUACCUAUUUGUCUUGUUGGUUCAAAUCCAAGUCAUUUAAUAAAAUCUAAUGUAUUACAGAAUGAUAUACGUCACUAUUGUCAUGGAAUUCAAUGGUGUAACGAAGGUAAUGAAACUAGAUUAUGUCCACUUUAUGCAUCUAUAUGUAAUAAUAAAUCAUUAAAUACAUUAUGUGCCAGUGAUCAUAUAAAUGAUGUUCGAAUUGAACAAGGUGUACCCGGAUUAAAACAUUGGCAAUUAUCCGAAAAUCUUUUUUCACAUUAUCGUGCUGAAGGUGAAAUUGAACGUGAUAUAAAAGGUGAUGCAACAUUUGAAGUUGUUGCACAAGAAUUAACAACAUUUUUAAUACUAGUUGGUAUUUAUUUUCCAUCAGUUACCGGCAUUAUGGCUGGUUCAAAUCGUAGUGGAGAUUUACGUGAUCCAAGUCGAAGUAUUCCACGUGGAACUAUUGCUGCUAUAUUAACAACAUCAUUUGUUUAUUUCUCAAAUGUAAUUUUUUUGGCAGCAUGUAUACAUGGUUCAUUAUUAAGAGAUAAAUUUGGUGAUAGCAUUAAUAAACAAUUAGUUGUGUCAGUUUUAGCAUGGCCAAGCAAAUGGGUUAUUAUGAUAGGAGCGUUUUGUUCGACGGUUGGAGCUGGUUUACAAACGUUAACAGGUGCACCAAGACUUUUACAAGCGGUAGCUAAAGAUGAUUUGAUACCAAUACUUCGUCCAUUAGCAAAAUCUUGGCGGGGUGAACCAAUACCAGCACUUUUUCUUACAUUAUUUAUUUGUGAAUGUGGAAUUUUAAUAGCUGAUGUCGAUAAACUUACAGCACUUCUAUCAAUGUUUUUUUUAUUAUGCUAUGGAUUUGUUAAUUUAGCUUGUGCAUUACAAACUAUUUUAAAAGCACCUAGUUGGCGACCACGUUUUCGUUUUUAUCAUUGGAUUCUUUCUAGUAUAGGUGUACUUCUUUCUGUUUCAAUUAUGUUUAUUGCUUCAUGGUAUUUUUCUCUUAUUGCUAUGUUGAUUGCAAUAAUCAUAUAUAAAUUUAUUGAAUAUAAAGGAGCGGAAAAAGAAUGGGGAGAUGGUAUACGUGGUUUAUCCAUGUCAGCAGCUCGUUAUGCAUUAUAUCGUGUUGACGAAGCUCCACCACAUACAAAAAAUUGGAGACCUCAAUUACUUGCAUUUAUUAGUAUUGAAAGAAAUGAUGAAAAUGAAACAUAUACAUUACGUCAUUCGACAGUAUUCAAUUUUCUUUAUCAACUUAAAGCUGGAAGAGGUUUCGUUGUUGCAGCAAGUGUUUUAGAAGGUGAUUAUCUUGAUAAAUAUCAACAGAUUGAACCAGUUCGUGCAUUAUUAAGAUCUGGUUUGGCUCAAGCUAAAGUACAAGGUUUUGCUGAAGUAUUGGCUGCUAAAGAUGUUGAAGAUGGUAUUAGUACAUUAAUUCAAACGGAAGGUUUAGGUGGUUUAAGACCAAAUACAAUUGUUCUCUGUUGGCCGGCACAAUGGAAAAAAGAUUUUGAUGGUUUUGCAGCUGAAGCAUUUAUUCGUAUGGAAACAAUUCAAACGGAAGGUUUAGGUGGUUUAAGACCAAAUACAAUUGUUCUCUGUUGGCCGGCACAAUGGAAAAAAGAUUUUGAUGGUUUUGCAGCUGAAGCAUUUAUUCGUACUAUUGCUAUUGCUGAAGCUCGUAAAUGUGCUGUAAUUGUUCCGAAAAAUAUUGAUAAUUUUCCAGAUUCUAAAGAAAAUCAAGACGGUACAAUUGAUAUUUGGUGGAUUAUACAUGAUGGUGGCCUUCUUUUUCUUAUUGCUUUUCUAUUAAAACGUAAUAAAGUUUGGUCACGUUGUCGGAUACGUCUAUUUACUGUGACACAAAUUGAAGAUAAUUCAAUUGCUAUGAAAAGAGAUCUUGAACAAUAUAUGUAUCAAUUACGUAUUGAAGCAGAAGUAGAUGUUGUUGAAAUGGCAGAUCAAGAAAUUUCAGCAUAUGCUUAUGAAAAAUCACUUAGAUUAGCUGAACGUAUUAAAUUACUUAAAGAUUUGAAAUUAGGUGAUAAAGAUCUCCAACUUCAAGCAAUAGGAUUUGAACGCCGAACGAGCAAAUCUCAAAUACCUAUGGAAACAAUGAUAAACAAUCAACAACGACGACAAUCUAGCCUUGAUGAACACAAUAAUCAAUAUCAUUAUACAUUUACACCAGAUCAAUUAGAAAGUUUUAAAAAAAAUGUAACUGAUUCAUCUAUGCGUAAAAUGCAUUCAGCUGUAAGACUCAAUGAACAAAUUAAAGAACGUUCACGUGAUGCUAAACUUGUUCUUAUUAAUCUUCCAUCACCACCAUCGAAACAAUCAAGUUUAGCUGCAUAUUCUUAUAUGGAAUACGUCGAUGCAUUAACAGAAGGUUUAGAUAGAUUAUUAUUAAUGCGUGGUAGUGGACGCGAAGUUAUCACAAUAUUCUCUUAA